GUGACGCAAAUUUCCCGCCCUCACUUCUGCACUCCCGUGUGUGAGAGGAAAGUCAACAAAGUAGUGUUUUCACAGCGAUUUUAUUAGAGUAUAUUUUCUACUUUCCAGACGGCUGUCAGCGGCUAACGAUGCCUUCCACACAGGACUGGAUUAACGACCCCCUGGCUGUCGUUGAAGAGAUGUUCGCUGCGUCCCAGAACAACUCAAACUCUGGAUGGGAGACGAAAGCAGUUGAAUUUUUCCAAGAUCAGCUAAAAGAGAGGGACACUCAUACUCUGGUCCCAUCUCUGAACGACGUCCCUCUGCACUAUCUGAAGCCCAACAGCCUGGUGAAGUUUCGCUGUUUAAUCCAAGACAUGUUUGAUCCGGAGUUCUACAUGGGAGUGUAUGAGACUGUAGAUCCAUCCACAAAGACUAAAAUGUUGCGAUGCGGGAAGUACAAAGAUGUGACAGAAUGUGGGGUGGAUUUUAACUCCAGAAACACUGUGACUGCAGAGAGGCAGACCUUUUACUGUGUGCCAAUCCCUGGAGAAAACCCCUGGGUGAAAGAGAGAUAUGCCGGCUCCAGUCAGGCAAGAGUGGUUCCCUCCACCUCGUAUGCACCGAGCAGACAGAAACGAAGCUACGAGGAGGAUGACGACAUGGAUACACAGCCGCAAAAGCAGAGAGAACCACAUGCUGGUCCUCACAGUCCAUCUGAACACCACGGCAAUGGCGACUGUAAGCGGCAGGAGACAGAAGCUCCUUCCAGCCAGACGGCAUCGGCCUCCCAUCUCGACCUCAACUUCCCCCUGCCUGGAGAGAAAGGCCCCUCCUGCCUAGUUAAGGUGUACGAGGACUGGGACCGCUUCAAACUGAACGACACGCUGGAGGUCUAUGGGAUUCUCUCCGUCAGCCCCGCUCUCAGCGCUCUGGCCGACGAGAAAGACGCCUCCUCAUCCCUCCUGGACCCUGCAGAGAGCAUGGAGACAGCAGAGGAGCAGAGGGUGCACAGCCCCCCAGCCUCCCUCGUUCCCCGCCUCCACAUGCUCCACGCCAAGCCGCUGCCACACAACAACCCCCUGCUGCCCUCCGCCGCCUUGGAGGACAACAGUGCCUUUUUAUCCUCGACCCUGAGUGAGAUGGCCUCUGUCAGGGAAGAGAUCCUCUCAUACUUCACUCAUGUCCUCCUGGGAGAUGCUCUGGCUGCUGAGUACCUCAUUCUGCAUCUCAUCUCUAAUGUUUACUCUAGACGGGAUGUUCUCCCACUGGGAAAGUUUACACUGAACCUAAGUGGCUGUCCUACUGUGGCCUCGUACACUGAGCGUUUCUACCAGAUCAUCCAGCAGCUUGUGCCUUCUUCGCACUACUUGGCCAUGAGCCUCCAGAACAUGAACCAGAUGCGGUUAGUGCCUAAGAAGGAUUAUGUGGCCAAUAGACUAGUCAGUGGCGCCCUGCAGUUGGCCAGAAACACUUCCCUCUUCCUGGAUGAAACCCAGUUAGAGCAAGGACAGCUGGACACAACUGGUGUGCGUAACGUCACAGCGCUGGGGAACCUGAUCUCAUGGCAGAAGGUUGAUUAUGACUUUAACUACCAUCAGAUGGAAUUCCCCUGCAAUAUUAACGUGCUCAUCGCGUCAGAGGGCCGCUCUCUGCUGCCGUCUGACUGUCAGAUACACCUACAGCCUCAGGUUGCUCCAUCCCAUUUGGAGGAGUCUCUCAGCAGCAUCCACAUGCAUCCGCAGGCCUCAUCACAGCUGAACAAGUUCAGAAUCUACCUGAGCAUGGCUCGGCUGCUGGACUACAGCAUCUCAGAUGAAGUGACAAAGUCAGUUGAAGAUGACUUUGUAGAUAUGAGGAAGGAUGACCCCCAGAGCAUAUCUGCCGAGGACCUCCACAGGAUGCUGGUUGUGGCGAGGUUGCUGUCUCUGAGCCUGGGACAGACCUCUCUGUCCAGAGACAGCUGGCUGAGAGCCAAACACAUCGAGAUGCUGCGGAGGAGUCGGAUGGAGCAACACAAGUGUGUCAAUGGCAACGAGCCAUGAUCAGAGGCAAAUGAGACUGCUUUUGUUUUUUCUUUUGAUACCUAAAAAGUUUGUAAUAAAGAUGUUUUUCAUGUGGUCAA